UAUACACCGUUUAUGCGCGAGCAUUUUCAAGAUGGCGGCCAAACUGCGAAGCGUAUUGUACAGAAUACCUUGUUAUUCUACAUCAGUACUUAGGUGUCCCUCCAUCGUUUCACAAGGUUUCAAGACAUCAUCUUGUUCUCGUGGUUUAGAAGAAUUCUUUCCUCCUGGUGUACUGGACAAGGGGGAACUUGCUCCUGAGACUGUAAAAACAGGUAGACGAUGGAGAGCUGGAGAAUUGAGGACCAAAUCAAAUGAGGAUUUGCACAAAUUAUGGUAUGUUUUGUUAAAAGAACGGAACAUGCUUAAUACUCUGAAACAUGAGGCAAACCGACAGGGAGUACCCAUGCCAUCUCCAGAAAGAUAUCAUAAGGUGAAGAAAUCCAUGGCAGUUAUCAAACUGGUUCUUGGAGAAAGGGAAAAAGCCCUUCAAGACCUUGAGAGUCAAGUGUGGGAAUUUGAUGAACAAACAGAGUUUGAUUAUAACUUGAAUUUAGAAACAAAUAUUGGUGAAGAAAAGAAACCAGAGAUUCGUGAGGUUCAUUCUGCACCUGAACCAUCAGUGCUACGGACAUCAGAAGAUAAAACACUCAAUGAACAACCUAAAUCAAAACUACAUACUGAAAAUCAGGGAUUAUCACCAAACCUGUUGAGACCAACAUAAAAAAAAAAACAUCUUAAGAAACUGUGUGCUACUAAAAUCUUUUUUUAAUCAUCCAUACACAGUAGGCUUUAAAGCUAGAAGCUUGUGGGGCCAUGUAUCCUCCACACACACUCUUUACUAUAUUUGAAUAUUCUAUGCACACAACUUAACUCACAUGAUUUUUAUAGAGAAGGGGGGGAAAUUCCUGAGAAAAAAACUUGUGGUAUAGGAGAGAACAACACAUAAAAAAAAAAGGAAAAAAAUCAGAAAUUAUCACCAAACUUUUUCAAAGCCAACAAAACCCACUUUAACGCAGAUAGAUCAGUGGGAAAAAGAAUGAGGUGAAAAUACGGUCAGAGAAAAUAUCCUUGGGGGUAACCAAUCAAAACACUGUCCCGAAUUUAAACGUUCUCCAAUUGAAUGGACACUGUACUAUCAUUUAUCUGUACGAUAUUGAUUAUCUGUUCAUUCUGAGUUUAUUUUCACUUUCUGAACAUCAAAAGGUUGGGUGUUACAGAAAAUCCACCAACUUACGAAGAAAUAUUUAGAAUUUUCUAUAAACUUUUUCAAGACUCUAUCUCUUUCUGUUUCUUACCAACUCAUUUUAUAUUUGUAUAUAAAACGAGGUAUUUUCAUCAUUGUCUGAUCAGCCUUCAGCGAUAUAAGUGAGGUUUUCCCCCAUGUUUACCCCUGAAAGCCACAAGCUAUUAUGGGUAUGGGAAAGAAGAAAAUUUGAGGCGGUGAUAGUUUGCUCCAUAUAUAACACAAACUUAUGAAAUGAUCAAGCGAAAACAUUAAUUUUUUGUUUUGUUAUUUACAAUAAAUAUGCUGGGGCCAUUUUUGGAUAGUA